GUUGAUUGUCAGUUUAGUUGUGCGCGAUGGCGGUGCAGCAAUGGAUGUGCGCACUCAUCGUGUUGUUGAUGCUAGAUGGCGCAAUGUCGUGGUACGAGGACAACUACAGGUGGGGUCACAGGGGGCGAUCCCGGAGAGUCUUCAGCUACCCCCGUGAUUGGGACAUAGACUGGCCCGCGUCCCAACGGAGAGCUCAGGUGAAUUGGCACGGGGCAAGCGAGGAGGUCCACGGGAGACAUCGUCAUCAGGACCUAGAAGACCAACAUUACCACUACCAGAAUGACCAGGAUAGUUCUGGACUCCAUCCGAGGAUGGUGGUUCUACCCAGGGUCAAAGAGGAGACUCGGGGACUCUGGCACUCGCAACAGAGGGGCUCCGCCCUAGUGGCUCCUGGGGAAGAGGUCCGAGUUACUCCGGCAAGAGGCUCCAGUUCAAAGUUUUACAGAGGCACAGUGACGAGCAAAAUAUCAGACGGAUUGCCCGCCAAAAAGCGAAAUCGUGGAAACAACCGCCACAAAAAUAGAGGAGCUGCUAGAAAAGAGCUGUGGCAGUUCAGUCAGGACGAACCUCCUCGAGCCCUCACCCAUGGCAGGUCCAAGGUCUGCGCCCGAUGUCCUAGUGACAGAGCGGUGCUGGCGAAGAAAGGAGACACGUCAGUGAUCAUGGAAGUGCCUCCCAUCAUACCGUGCCAUCCUUGGUCUUCAAUAGAAAAGGUGAAGCAAGAAGUCCUAGCUGGGCCCGAGCCUGGUAGUGAAGUUUCUGAGGGUAGUCACAAAGUGGUGAUCAGACUGUACCGUCACAAACGGACCAUCGUCAACUGCGUCACAAGAUACAACGUCAUUGUUCGCAAGUGUCCUGAGCUGGAGGUCGGCCCUGCAGUAAGGACUGACUGCCCCUCAGGUAGGACCUGGGGCUCUGUAUGUAACAUCAGCUGUGCUGCUGGAUAUCAGCUGGAGGGUGACGUCAUCACUGAGUGUGGCGACGACCUGGAGUGGUCUGGAGUUACGCCUCAGUGUCUACCCACAACAUCUUGCCCUGUCCCGGUCAGUCCAGACCAUGGACACCUCAGUUGCCGUACUCCCCAACACCAUCCCGUCCCUGCUAGAGCCAAGGGUGUACUUCCGGACGGGUCGGUGUGCCACUUCCGGUGCGACCCUGGGUACGCGGUGCCACCUUCUCAACAGGGGCUGACGAAGGUCCGCUGCAUCGGGGGUAGUUGGGACAACCAUCAGGACCCUGUGUGUGUGGAAACUAAUGAGCUUAAAGAGGAAGAAACUUCUCCAGAAAUAUCACCAGAUGAAGCAUUAAGGUUCGACGGUAAAGGUUGUCCCAAGGACCUGUGCAAGAACAAGGGGAAGUGCAUCGUUAUCCUGGGGGAACCCAUGUGUUCCUGUAUGACAGGAUAUUCAGGACCUACCUGUGAAGACCAGGAAGAAGAUCUGGACGAGGACCCUAGCCAGUUCAACACGAUAACCUAGUCAGCUCUGAAAAGUUACCUUUCUCUGUCUUCCAGCCUAAAACUGUCUUAGUUAAUACUCAGUGGAUAGCUUUAAAUGUCUAACCACAAAGAGAUUUACUCUAUAAAUAAUUACUCAUUGCAAAUUAAUUACCAAAUCUAUAAAUAUUUGUUGUUAAAUUUAAAAUUUGCAUUGCAAAAUUCAAACUUAUUAUAUCAGCCUGUUCGAAAAAGGAAAAGUUGUGAAGAGUUUGGUACGGGGGUUUACUAUAAGAAACAAUAACUAAUAUUUAUUGCAAAGCGGUCAGUGUGCAAAGUCCAAAUUGAUUUUUUAUUUUAAUAAUUUAUAAGAAAAUAAUCUAAGAGAAAUUAUUGUACUUUUCUUUGGACAAUAAGCAAAACUCAAAAUUCUUAAGACUUCUAUUGAAUAUGGAAAAUACAUUUUGAUUUUAUUUUUAUAUCACAAAUAAGAAGAGUUGGACUGUCCUUAUUUUUUUAAACGAAUAAAGUAGAAUAUACUUCCAUUUUUACUUAUUUUUUUUAAGUUAACAAAUGCAAAUAGGAAAAGCUUCAUGUCAAUGGAAACAUUUGAAUUUAUUUAAGUUAUUUCUUAGAUUAUUUAAGUUUUUACAGGACUAUUUAAGUUUAUCUUAGAUUAUGUGGAGUUGCCUUUAUUUCACACAAAUCAAGGAACUAUCUAACAAAUUUAAAGUAAGUAAGAUAUAUGAUUGCAAACACUGAUUCAUGCUUAUUUUAAAUAAAAUUUAUUAUUUCUAAAAUCGUCUAAGUCUCUAUCAAGACUCUUUAUUCAAAUACUAUUGAAGAUUAUUUUCAAAGAAAAAUAAAUAGAAGCACUGAUCCGGUUGAACAGUUUCUAUUGAUUUAUAAUAAUAAUAACUAUUCACUAGACACAAUCAAUGUACAUUAAGAACGGAAAAAGAUGUUUACCAAAAGAUUGAUUGGAAUAUGUUUUACACCAAAUACGGUUAUAAACUAGUUGCUAUACAUACUUUUUUAAUUGCAAAAGAAGAAAAUAAACACAUACAUCCAAUGUUUUAUGUAGGCUCCACUUGUGAAUAAAAUAACUAAAACGUGAUUAUUGGUUGUAGUUUAGAGAGGACAAAUUGUUUUAGCAAAUAAGUGAAAUAAAUACAACUAUAUUAAACAUAUUUCAGGUUCAAUAUUCAUAUUACUUAAACAUUGGUAGAAAUUUCAGGAGAAUCCACUAGAUAUCUUUGAGUAUUGUUGUAUAAUUUACCGUUUCUGUUAAUGAUCAUCGUAUAAGUAGUUUCUUGUUUCUGACAGUAUUAACAAAAUGUUGUAAGUUAAAACCUACUGUGGCUUUAACAUGUCAAAGGUUGCUUACUAAGCUUUCACUUCUCGUACAAACAGAUACGAGAAAAUGUUUAUGGUACAAAGCAAACAAACUAUAAACUGUUGUUAAAUAGACUAACUUUUUUUAUUUGGUCUUGCAAUUUUGUUUGCAUAGUUUAGGAUUAACAAAUGUGAUAUUUUUGUACAUAAUAAAUAUUUUAUAAAAAUAA